AUGGCCGCCAGGUGGGUUUCUUCUCCUGAGGACGAGAUCAAUGAUGUUCAAACUGCAUCAGUCGAUGACGAUUUUUUGUCAAGUGAUGAUGAAUUUUGUUCGACUGAUGAUAAUCCCGCAUUCGGAAAAGUCGACAUCAUAGAUGACCACAAUGAACGAGAUUUCACAGUUCUUGAAAAUAUUGAUCAAUCAAUUCAACUUCCUGAUGCUACAGACAUUGAAUUAUGUAAAGAGAGAAAAUAUGAUUGCCUUGAUCAACACUUGGUAAUAGCUGGUAAAUCGUAUUGGAUUCCUGCUGUCCCUGAUGAUGUUAAGCCAAUAAUAAACCAUAAAUACCCAUCUGACGAUGCAAUUGAAGACAUGUACAGAAGAUUUGCAUGCGCAACAGGUUUUGAUGUUAGAAAGUCAACAAACAAAAAGAAGCGUGGAAUUGUGUACAUUAAAUAUCUUCUAUGUAACAGGGAAGAAAAACACAAUCAUCCACUUAUAUCAAGAGACAAUAUGUUGUUUGCACGUCAUCAUAGGCAGUUGGAUGACACUAAAAAAUCUUUCAUUCUUGCAAUGUCUAAUCAGAAUAUUGGUGCAACCAUAGCUCACAGGUUGUAUACAAGUAUUCUUGGUGGUUACAAUUUUGUAGGCGGUCUAAUUGAUGACUUCAAAAAUUACAUGAGGGAUCUCAAUUGCUUUAUAGGUGGUAGUGAUGCUCAGAUGCUAGUCGACAAGCUGAAUAACAAAAAAGAGAAUGUUAAGAAUUUUUCUUUUGAGUAUCGAGUUGAGAAUAAGCAGUUGAAUGUUAUUUUCUGGGCAGAUGAAACAUCCAAGAUCAAUUAUAAAGAGUUUGGUGAUGUAGUUUCUUUCGAUGCUACUUUUCGAACUAACAGGUACCAUAUGGUUUUUGUCCCUUUUACUGGAAUUGAUAAUCAUAAGAGGUGUGUCACUUUUGGUGUUGGCUUGUUGAGCAGAGAAGACACUGAUUCCUAUAUAUGGUUGUUGAAAUCUUUUCUUAAAGCUUUUGGAAAACAACCAUUGUUGGUUUUAUCUGACCAAGACUCUACAAUGAAGAAAGCCAUCGAAGCUGUUUUCCCACAAUCGAUUCAUUGGCUUUGCAUGUGGUAUAUUACAUCUAAAUUGCCAUUGAAGUUAUUUAUUCUUGUCUAUGUUUCUCUGAACAUUAUCAACAACCCCGAAUUUCGUAAAAAGUUCAACUUCUUGAUAUGGAAUUUGAGGCUUGAAGUUGAUGACUUUGAGGUAGGGUGGAAGUCCUUAUUGAAUGAAUAUAAGCUCACAGAUAAUAAAUGGCUGGAUGAUAUGCAUGGAUUGAGACAUUUCUGGAUACCUGCAUCUUUCAAGCAUGUACCUUUAUCAGGAUUGAUGAGAACCACAUCUAGUUCUGAAACUGCUAUGGAGAAGCAAAGAUUCACUUAG